AUGAAACUCCGGUUCAAUCUCUACCCCACCCCCACAUACACCCUGUCCUACAUCAACCCCACCCCCACAUACCCCCCACGUCUCAUCAACCCCACCCCACAUACACCCUGUCCUACAUCAACCCCACCCCACAUACACCCUGUCCUACAUCAACCCCACCCCCACAUACCCCCCACGUCUCAUCAACCCCACCCCACAUACACCCUGUCCUACAUCAACCCCACCCCACAUACACCCCCCACGUCUCAUCAACCCCACCCCACAUACACCCUGUCCUACAUCAACUCCACCCCCACAUACACCCUGUCCUACAUCAACCCCACCCCCACAUACACCCUGUCCUACAUCAACCCCACCCCACAUACACCCCCCACGUCUCAUCAACCCCACCCCACAUACACCCUGUCCUACAUCAACCCCACCCGCACAUACACCCUGUCCUACAUCAACCCCACCCCCACAUACACCCUGUCCUACAUCAACCCCACCCGACAUACACCCCACCGUCUCAUCAACCCCACCCCACAUACACCCUGUCCUACAUCAACCCCACCCCCACAUACACCCUGUCCUACAUCAACCCCACCCCCACAUACACCCUGUCCUACAUCAACCCCACCCCACAUACACCCCACCGUCUCAUCAACCCUACCCCCACAUACACCCUGUCCUACAUCAACCCCACCCCCACAUACACCCCACCGUCUCAUCAACCCCACCCCCACAUGCACCCUGUCCUACAUCAACCCCACCCCCACAUACACCCUGUCCUACAUCAACCCCACCCCACAUACACCCCACCAUCUCAUCAACCCCACCCCACAUACACCCUGUCCUACAUCAACCCCACCCCACAUACACCCUGUCCUACAUCAACCCCACCCCCACAUACACCCUGUCCUACUUCAACCCCACCCCCACAUACACCCUGUCCUACAUCAACCCCACCCCCACAUACACCCCCCACGUCACAUCAACCCCACCCCCACAUACACCCUGUCCUUCAUCAACCCCACCCCACAUACACCCCCCACGUCUCAUCAACCCCACCCCACAUACACCCUGUCCUACAUCAACCCCACCCCCACAUACACCCUGUCCUACAUCAACCCCACCCCCACAUACCCCCCAUGUCUCAUCAACCCCACCCCCACAUACACCCUGUCCUACAUCAACCCCACCCCACAUACACCCCCCAGGUCUCAUCAACCCCACCCCACAUACACCCUGUCCUACAUCAACUCCACCCCCACAUACACCCUGUCCUACAUCAACCCCACCCCCACAUACACCCUGUCCUACAUCAACCCCACCCCACAUACACCCCCCACGUCUCAUCAACCCCACCCCACAUACACCCUGUCCUACAUCAACCCCACCCGCACAUACACCCUGUCCUACAUCAACCCCACCCCCACAUACACCCUGUCCUACAUCAACCCCACCCGACAUACACCCCACCGUCUCAUCAACCCCACCCCACAUACACCCUGUCCUACAUCAACCCCACCCCCACAUACACCCUGUCCUACAUCAACCCCACCCCCACAUACACCCUGUCCUACAUCAACCCCACCCCACAUACACCCCACCGUCUCAUCAACCCUACCCCCACAUACACCCUGUCCUACAUCAACCCCACCCCCACAUACACCCCACCGUCUCAUCAACCCCACCCCCACAUGCACCCUGUCCUACAUCAACCCCACCCCCACAUACACCCUGUCCUACAUCAACCCCACCCCACAUACACCCCACCAUCUCAUCAACCCCACCCCACAUACACCCUGUCCUACAUCAACCCCACCCCACAUACACCCUGUCCUACAUCAACCCCACCCCCACAUACACCCUGUCCUACAUCAACCCCACCCCACAUACACCCCACCGUCUCAUCAACCCCACCCCCACAUACACCCUGUCCUAUAUCAACCCCACCCCACAUACACCCUGUCCUACUUCAACCCCACCCCCACAUACACCCUGUCCUACAUCAACCCCACCCCCACAUACACCCCCCACGUCACAUCAACCCCACCCCCACAUACACCCUGUCCUACAUCAACCCCACCCCACAUACACCCCACCGUCUCAUCAACCCUACCCCCACAUACACCCUGUCCUACAUCAACCCCACCCCCACAUACACCCCACCGUCUCAUCAACCCCACCCCCACAUGCACCCUGUCCUACAUCAACCCCACCCCCACAUACACCCUGUCCUACAUCAACCCCACCCCACAUACACCCCACCAUCUCAUCAACCCCACCCCACAUACACCCUGUCCUACAUCAACCCCACCCCACAUACACCCUUGUUUAGUAACAGUAUGUAACAGUCGACCUGCUGGUGUUCAGGUGAAAGCAGGAUUCAGCAGCAUUUCAGAAAACCCCCAGAAGUUUGGAGUGCACUUCAACAUGAAUUUUUUUCUGAGUUGA